AUGUCGGGAAAAAUCAUCAUUACGCAGUUAUCUGACCUCUCCACCCGUGCCAAGCUCAGUGACUGUAAUGAUAUGGAAUGGACUUGUUGGCAUAAUACAAGUGAUAUCCUUUUCGCUGGUGAUAAGGACGGUAUAGUGUGGAUGUGGCUGAUCGGGCCUUCAGGCGUCGCCCAGUCCAAAGUGUACAGCGGGAAUGGGUCGUCGUGCACAUAUGGUCAACUGCUUCCAGAUGGAAAACGCUUGCUGGCUGGCUACGCUGAUGGUGCAGUAAGUCAGUUACAGCUCUUUUUAUAA